AUGUUUCAUACAAGUAUAACAAGAACAUUCAGUUCAAGAUAUCAUUCAUUCACAAGACUUCCAACCAUUAAUCAAUUAUUUAACAAUAUUGCAAAUAAAACAAUCAAAGAUAAGGAUAUUAUCCCUGAAUUAAACUGUCACAUACAAGGUAUCAAGAUAUUGAAAAAUGUUACUUUUUUAGAUCUAUUCGAUGGUACGUCUUCACAACCUUUAAAAUUAGUCAUUGAUAAUAAUGUACCAAAUCCUAUCCUUAAUAAAUUAAAGAUGGGUCAAGCUAUAUCUCUUUCAAAGUGGAUUAUAGUAGAAACACCAGACAGAACUCAAUCGUUUGAAUUAUCACAAAAUUCUGAUUCAAAGAUAGAAAUCUUGGGGGAUGUACAGGAUGGCUAUCCUUUACAAUCUAAACAAAAGCUUACAGUCCCUUAUUUACGUUCAAUUCCAUUAUUGAAAUAUAAGACAAAUUAUUUUGCCUCCUUGAUUAGAUUUAGAUCAUUACUCCAAUCUCAAUUGAUUAAAAUAUUAACCAAUCAAGAUUUCAUAAUGUGUAACCCGCCGAUUUUAACUUCAAAUGAUACCGAAGGAAAUAACGAAACAUUUAAAACAAUUCCAAAGAAUUUAAAUCUUACGGUAUCAACACAAUUACAUCUAGAAAUACUAGCUCAAAGUUUAAAAAAUGUUUUUACCAUUUCUCCAUGUUUCAGAGCAGAAAUGAGUGAUACUGGAAGGCAUCUGGCUGAGUUUUGGAUGCUUGAGUUAGAAUCAACAAAUCUUUACAAAUUGGAUGAUUUAUUAAAUUGUGUCAAAUAUCUAAUGAUUAACACUGCAGAAUCUUUAUUAGAAUACAAGGAUAUCGACAGUAUAUUACCAAAUAAUAACCUCCUACCGUUAAAUACCUUGAAUAAGGAUCAAAUAAAGGAAAGAUGGCUUCACGUAGCAAACCCUAACAACUGGAAACAUAUUACAUAUACUGAAGCAGUAGAUAUAUUAAAAGAACAUCAUCCAGGUCCACCAAUUUGGGGAGAAUCAUUAUCAUCUGAGCAUGAAAAAUUUCUCGCUGAAUCUUAUUUUGAUAAAGAUAAAGGUGCUUUCGUUUUAAUUUCUCAAUAUCCAACAAACAUUAAACCGUUUUAUAUGAAACAUUGCUCCACUAAUGAUAAAGUUGUGGAUUGUUUUGAUAUGAUAUUCCCCGGAGGGAUGGGUGAAGUUGCAGGUGGUUCUAUUCGUGAAGUUGAUAUAGAUAUUUUACAAAAGUCAAUUGGUACAGAUAAAGCAACAGAUUUAGACUGGUAUGUUGAUUUAAGAAGAUUAGGUUCUAUGCCAAGAGGUGGAUUUGGUAUUGGAAUGGAACGCCUCAUUUCUUACUUAUUUGGUUUGCAAAACGUUAAAGACGCAAUACCUUUCUUUAGAGUAAUGAAAGAUAAAAUAUCUUUUUAA